AUGCCUUCGCCGCCACCACCGCCGCCGCCGCCGCCGCCGCCGCAGCAGCAGCAGAGUUCCGGCGAUAUAGAUAUGAGCACCUCCACCACAUUAACGCCCGCCGGCCAGCGCCACGAUCGGGAAGACGGAGUCAUGCAAGACAGCCUGACAAACGGUCUCCACCCGGACGCAAGCAACACGCAAAACCACAACCAGACAAACAGCGUCGCUAUACAGGUCGCAGCUGUUGCAGCCGACGAGGAUGCUAUGGAUACCACCUCCGACGACGCGCAAGACCUUGUGCUGCCGAACGGUUCAGCUGAGCCGCCCGCCAUCACGCCAUCCUCACCCACUCCGCCAGAAGUCGAGAACUCAGAACAUGUUCCCCUCACUACUCUAAACGAUACUCCUCAUGACGAGCCUCCAGCCCCACCUGCAGAUCCCGCUCUGCAACCACCACCUCCGCCCCCGCCCGUUGAGCCAGUCCAAACUGAUGUCGACUCAUCUGACGAAGAUGGAGGUCAGCCAUGGCACCCUAUUGCCGAGGAUACGUCAGCGCCCGACGAGGAGGAGCUGAAAGAGAUUGAAGGAACCACCGAACACAGUGCAUUGGAUCAUGAGUAUUGGGAAAAGAAGGCUUUUUCUCCAUUAGAUGAUCCUGAAUACUCACCGGGCGAAAGCGGUCGCAUAGAAUGGCUCAUCGAGAAUUACAAUGGCACACGUGAAAAUCCAAAUCGCGAUCUGGUAAUGAAGUCUACACCAGUCACCAUUGGUGGACAUCAAUGGCAAAUCAAGUUUUACCCCAAAGGCAACGACUCCGAUUACCUCAGCGUUUACGUAGAGUGUCUCAGCGUUGAGGACGAGGAGAAGAAAGACAGAGGAGAAGGAGCCGAUCGGAAACCGGAGGGCGAUGCGGAGCCAAGCAUUGAGAGCGCUGCUCGGGAACCGACGGAGACGCAACAUGCCCCCCUUGCCCCUGCUGGACUCAAAAGCAGUACCCAAAAGGAAGGGUGUUGCUGCACAAGUCUCCGUUGUCCUCUACAAUCCUACCGAGCCUCGGGUCAAUUAUUCACGAACCUGCCUGCACCGAUUCUCUUUGCGAUGACAGGAUUGCAAUCAGUUGCUCUACGAGACAACGGCGGCUCUCCAGACGGGAAUGUUGUCUCCGCUGUCAUCUCGUGGCUGCUUUUCAAGCCUUUCAGACAGUUCUUGUACAGUUUCAAGGGCCCUGACAGUGAGAUGGAGCCAUUCGCUCAACCGAAACCGCUUAUCGGAGCUUUUCAAAAGGUAUUAUACAUGCUGAGAACUCAAGUCCAGCCUGGUGCAGGUUCAGUCGACCUGGGUGACAUUGAUGAUGCGCUGGACUGGUAUGGUCUGUCAGAGCCGCUGCACAAGUUCGAUGUGGUGCAGGUGUGGGAGUGUCUCCGCACUAAACUCGAAGACGAACUACGGAACACGUCUUCUGCUAGUGUCCUCGAGGAUCUUCUGGGCCCAAAGCGCGAUUACACCAAGGGCGUCUCUAGGUAUCGAGCACCCGUAGUUGGUGUGGGUAGCAUGCAAGAAGCCGUUCAUCAGAUUCCCGAGCUUAUAGACUCCGAUAGCAGUCUUCCUCAACUCUUGGCUGUCGAACUGGAACGGCAAGUCUUCGAUACCGCCUCGCGUUCUUACGUCAAACUGCUCAACAGAGUAACUUUGGACGAUCACAUCACUGUACGGGGCUCUUCAUACACGCUUUACGGCUUCGUAGUGCACAAGCAGACCCUUCAGUCGUACGUUUACCAGACUAUACUUCGACCUGAAGGGCCUGGUUCGAGGUGGUACAAUUAUUCUGACAGCCGGGAGGGUAAUAAAGUCACUUGUCUAACUUAUCGGCAAGCUGUUACCUUGCACGAAGGCAAGGAUGCUACAGCUCGCGUAACAGGCAGCGACGCCAUCGCAUACAUUGCGAUGUAUGUACACGACAACGUAGCACAGUCCGCUUUCAAGUCACAAUCUGAGUCCGAGCAAUGGGAGGUUCCCAGAUGGAUACCACAAGAGCUAGAGCGGCAAAAGGUUGCGGAGCAGCUUCCUCCGAUCUCGAUCCCGCCAGACGAGCCCGAAGCACCCCAGAGUACGCAAGGGGUCAAGAUUGAUGCGGGAACGGCAGAAAUUGAGCAACGCGAAUUCCAGAUAGUAGAUUCUCAGGCCUUCUUACAGCAUGAAGGUCCAGGUUUCUUCGAUGCCUUCGAUAAGAAGUGGAAAUCUGACAGCUCCGGCUUAUUGACUUCGGUAAUACUUAAGAAUACCGACGGUUGCCAGGACAUCCGUCAGAAGAUCGCCACCGCUUUCAAAGACGUCAAGGGUAUUCAAGAUUCGAGGCAGGUGAAGUUUUGGUUCCUUGACACACAUCAAGGUUCUUUUGCACAUCCUCGUCUGGUGGGUACCGGCAGGAUUGAAUACUCAAGUGGCAGCUAUAAUCGCUUUGCUGAAGAUGUGAAGGAUUGGAAAUUGGAGAAUGCAUCUGGAGACUGGGGUUGUCGUCGACUUUGGGUUCACGUUGUGCCUUUUGCUGAUCUGCCUGAACCUCCAAAAGAACCCGCUCCCGCUCCAGAGCUGCCUGCGGAAGCACCUUCUGAGACAACCCAGCAAUCUGAACAAGCUCCUGCGUUAAACGCACCUGCACUCACUGACACUCCUGGCCCGGUACCAGACGAUGCGCAGCCAGUGCCACAGCCAGUAUCAGAAGACACGCCAAUGAGCGAGCCAGAUGAGCCAGAAUCGGAGCCGCCACUGGCCAACUCACCUCCCACGAAUGUCGAGUCGCCGGCUUCUCCGACUAAUGCAGCAGCUGGCGGUGACGACACCGCUAUGGUAGAAAUAGAUGCAUCCACACUGCCUGAUCCUCCUGUGGUUGAUGUUAUCAUCCCAAACAAUACAGGUGACGAUACGGAAAUGGGAGGAACCCAAGAAGAGAUCGCGCCGCCUCCGCCACCACCGAUUGACUUGCCCAUACCUCCGCCAGUUGAUAUCCAAGAGCGCUCACAAACCCCUCCUCCUGUCGAAGCAGCGCGGCCGCGGACUCCAGAGCCUCCAGCUGAUGAAAUUUACUUCUUCAUCAAAUAUUUUGAUGCGGAGAAACAGACCCUGGAACCCAAGGGUUCCUUCAUUGCUCACAAAUCCGCGCGUCUCGACAAUACAGUGCAAAAACUGCUAGACCUGUCAGACGUGAAGUUCGAAUGGUGGGAGGAGGAAGACCUCGUCCAGGCCCGAUCCCUGCGACGGAACAAAUCCUUCGCUUCGAAUGACCUUCACAACGGCGCUACAAUCAUCUAUACGGUUCCUCGCACAGACGAGCAGAAGAACACCCUCGCGGACCGCGCAACGUUUGCCGACCUCCCGCAAUAUCUUCGAUUCCGCGCUAACGCGCGAAAUUUCCCUUCUCGCAUGAACGGUCACUUCACUUUCAACUAUUUUUCUGCGCAAUACUACAAGGGCGUCUACGUGAACGGGCACCGCCACGGCCACGGCAGCCGCAUGUACCACUCCGGCGCCAUCUACGAAGGCUCUUUCCGUCUCGGGCAACGCCACGGCCACGGCCUCUACACCUUCCAGAACGGUGAUACAUACGACGGCGACUGGGUCGCAAACCAGCAACACGGCACUGGCACUUUCGUGGAAGCGACGACAGGCAACACAUACAUCGGUGGCUGGAAGAACGACAAGAAGUUCGGCGAGGGCGUGACGCAUUGGAAGAGCGCGCAGGAGACGGAGCGUCUUUGUCGAAUUUGCUGGGAAGAGGAAGCUGAGGCAGCAUUCUAUGAUUGUGGGCAUGUAGAGGAGGGUGUUGAGCGCCAUGAAGCUUUAUUAUGUGGCAUGAAGGAGCAGUAG